AUGUCGGGGAAACAUAUAAUGCUAUCUUAUCAGCGGGAUAAUCAAGAGCUUGUCGGCCAAGUUUUUGAUAAAUUAAUAGCGCAAAAUAUUGAAGUAUGGAUGGAUAUUAGAGGUGGCAUGAGACCAAAUAUGUGGCAAGCAUUGGCCGAGGGUAUAGAAAAUGCGGCUGCUAUAUGUUGUUUUCUUACACCAAGAUAUCAAACGUCCGAAUACUGUCUGCGUGAAUUACAAUAUGCAAUUGACCAAAAAGUCUUAGUUAUUCCUUGUCGUUUGUGCUCUAAUUGGAAACCAACUGGUGCUCUGGGUUUUUUAACAGCUGGUCUUCUAUGGAUAGAUUUUCGAGAUAAAGCUGAACAUCCAAUCGACACUGCUAUACGUGAAUUGAUCGAUCAUGUACAAAUGCAUGUGUAUGACAGAGAACCAGUUUUCUUCCCAGGUAUGUUAAUACACCGGGUGAAAACCUAG